AUGGCGUGCAAGGAGGGGGAUAAUGCCACUAUCCCAGUAGAUCACCCUGGCCAUCUGGUUAGACAACCUCCGGCAAAACCACCACCGCAGCCUCUGGUCCCAGCCAUUUCCUUAUUAUGGAGAACAUGUGCAGCCAACCCCAGCUGUAGAGCAGAGCCCAUGCAGCUCAGCAAGACCUGGAUCUCUACAGAGGAGCACCACCACUGUCUGUGUCUGCAAUUGUGCUUCUACUGUGCCCAAUCUGAACACAGCUGUGCCAUCUGUCCUAGGAAUUAUGCCUUCCCACUCUCCCAUGUGUCCCACCUCUUUGAAUCACAGCCAUCAACAGUCAGCCCAUCUGACAGGGUUUUCUCACACACCAAACCGAACUGCUGGAGUUACAAGAGGGAUUAUUCCAUCAAGAAAAACCUGGCAUUCUACAUCACCCCUUCUGAACUGAAGAGAAUUCAGCAAUAUGCAGUGGAUGUGACUUUGGAGCCUCAUACAGCACAUAAUCAACUCAUCCUGUCUCAUGAUGGGAAACAAGUAAAAUGUGGACACAUAGAACAGAAUCUACCUGAUAACCCAGAGAGGUUUAAUUAUGUUGCCUGUGUGCUGGGAAAGGAGGGAUUCUCCUCCGGGAAAUUUUACUAUAAGGUGCAGGUAGGAGGGAACGCUGAGUGGGAUUUAGGAAUCGCCAGAGAGUCUGCUAACAGGAAAGGGCAGAAUUCAUACAGCCCCCAAGAUGGAUACUGGUGUGUGUGGCUGAGGAAUGAAACGGAAUAUGAGGCUGGUGAAUCUACUCAUGUCCGGCUCUCCUUGAAACAGGCUCCUCAGAAAGUGGGGGUGUUUGUGGAUUAUGAGGGGGGUCUGAUCUCCUUCUAUGAUGUUGAUGCAAAGUCUCAUAUCUACUCUUUCACUGGUCAGACUUUUACUGAGAAACUUUAUCCAUACUUUAGCCCCUGUUGCAAUGGUAAUCAGGCACCUCUGUGUAUUACCCUUUAAACAUUGUAAUUAACAAGUUUUACAUUAUAAUUGGCUAGAGAGGAUAAUGACAGUGAAUGCAGUGUUGUGUCUGUAGGGCAGAUCUUUAAGGGGAAGUCUUUACAUUAGCAUCAAAUGAAAGGAAUAAGUGUAUUUAAAAGAAAGUAAAAUGUUAAACUAUUCAGGGACUUAUUGUGUUUGCCAGGUUAUGGGGUUUCUCAUGAGGGGUUUAUGAGUUGACGAGGUUGUUUUUUCUAGUUAAUGUGUUGGCAGUAACACCAACAUGCAGCUGCUGCAAAACUGUGCAAGUCAUACAUGACUCAUUACAGAGGAAGGAAGGCAUUCUGAAAUUUUUUAUCUAGAUCUAGAGUCAGAAUCUCACAUAAAACUGAACUAGCUCAAGUUCAAGUUCUUUAGUUGCAAAGACGUUGCACUCAGUUCACCUUACACCUACUUUUGUAUACAUAGACGUGUGACCAGUGAAAUUGACACAAACUGAUAUAAACGUGUAGUCAGAUAAGAUCAGAGCCAGAAACCAGCUGUCUCCUUCACAAUAACAGAAUUUUAUAGUUUAAUGGCCGGUUUGCUUUUUUUAUCACUCAAAAUCAGAAGCAUGUUGCUUAAUGGAUGAUAAGGCAGUUAGCCAUUCUCCAUGUUUCUUCUGUUGCAAUCUUACUUGAUUUACUCAAAUAAAAUAUUUUAAAUGUAAACUAGCAAAGAUUCAACGUACUGACCUUUAUAGUGGUUCUCCAAUU